CGAGUAAGCAAGGAAGACAUUCGGAGUGGGAGUAAUCCUCAAUUUUUCAAACGCCUUCUCAAACUGUACGAACAAGACAAGUUACUACUCCGUAAAGGCAGUAUUCCUGAACCAAAGUCGGAUUCAAAAAGCUGGCUCCUGAUGCGUUGUAGCUUUGCACUCAAUAUUUUCUCCUUAUUCGCUACACUUAUUGCUUCAUACCUUUCGGGAUCUCUAUCAAUCAUGAGCACCUUCGUUGACUCAUCCAUGGACCUAUUGUGUAGUGCUGUGAUGAACAGCUGCUUACGACUUAUCGAAAAAGCUGAUACAUUCAAUUAUCCUCGAGGAAGACAGAGGCUUGAAUCUAUCGGUGUGCUGAUCUGUGCUGUUCUGAUGUCCUUUGCUAACAUAGGAAUGGCGAUGCAGGCGCUCGACAACAUCUACGAUAGUAAACCUGAAAUGACUAGACUCACUGUAGUGAUCAUGGCACUGCAAACGGCAUUGAAAGCAAUUCUGUCAUGGAUUUGUUACAAAAUGGGAACUCCUUCAUCCAUCGUCAUAGCCAUGGAUCUAAGGAAUGACGUAGCAAGUCGCGUUUCUGCAGUCAUCUUUGCUCAUAUCGGCGAUAAAUACUGGAGAAUUGCAGAUCCUAUUGGAGCGAUUUUGCUAAGCACGAUGAUAGCGAUAUCGUGGUUCCGCCACGCAGUCGAGAAUGUGCCUCAACUGAUUGGACGCCGAGCUGAACAGGAACAAGUGAGCCGAAUACUACGUAUCGCUAUCGACCACGACGAGAGAAUACGCUGUUUGGAUCAUCUCAUGGUUUAUCACACCGGUACAAAAGCUUUUGUCGAGCUGCAUAUUGUCAUGGAUGAAAACUUACCUCUGAAGGUUACACAUGAUGUUUGUCAUCCAUUGGAAAAGAAACUUCAACGACUAGAUUUCGUUGAAAGAGCAUUCGUACACUGUGACUAUGCCUGUGACGGCGACUGA